AUGAACCUGGCGUUUGACCGCAGCCUCAUAGGGCCGGCUAUGUACUUCGGGCUGCAGGGGGAGGGGCAGCCCCUGGGGCGCUACGAUGACAUGUGGGCCGGUUGGUGCAGCAAGGUGGUCUGCGACCACCUGGGUCUGGGCGUGAAGACGGGCCUGCCCUACAUAUUCCACAGCAAGGCCUCAAACCCCUUCACAAACCUGAGGAAAGAGUACAAGGGCAUCUUUUGGCAGGAGGAGAUCGUCCCUUUCAUCCAGAGCAUGCAGCUGAGCCAGGAGGCCGCCAGUGUGGCAGACUGCUACCUAGAGAUCAGCGAGAAGGUGCGCAGCGAGCUGACCAUCGACCCCUACUUUUUGAAGCUGGCUGAUGCCAUGGCCACCUGGAUCCAAUGCUGGGAGGCGCUCAACCCCACCCCGACCGCCACCCUGACCCCCGACCCCACCCCCGCACCUGCGGCCGGCGCCCCCGCCCCCGAGGUCGAGGCCGCGACGUGA